CGAGUACGGGCGCGUCACAUGCGAGUGACAUCACAGCCGCUUCGCUACGCUUCCUUCUUCCGGGUUUGUUAGUGUUGAAACAUCAUCAGGCGAGUGCAGAAAAAUGUCUCAUCAGACGGGAAUUCAAGCUUCCGAUGAGGUGAAAGAUGUUUUUGGCAGAGCCAGGAACGGUGCUCACAGACUUAUGAAGAUUGUUAUUGAAAAUGAGGAGCUGGUUUUAGGACUCACUAAAGCAGCCUGUCGCAGCUGGGAGGAAGACUAUGAUAAACUUCUGCUUCCUGUGCUGGAUGAUGAUCUGCCCUGUUUUAUUCUCUAUCGUCUGGACUCAACCAACAGCCUGGGACACGAGUGGCUCUUCAUUGCCUGGUCACCAGAUCACUCACCUGUGCGGCACAAAAUGCUUUACGCUGCCACUAGAGCCACGCUGAGAAAAGAGUUCGGUCUGGUUCACAUCAAGGAUGAGAUUUUCGGCACUGCUAAGGAUGAUGUUUCUCUCAGCGGUUAUAAGAAACAUGUGACGUCUCUGUCUGCUCCUCUUCCUCUCACUGCAGCUGAGGAAGAGCUGCGACAGAUCAAACUCAAUGAGGUUAAUACUGAUAUUCACGUGAACACUACUAAGCAAACUCUUCAGGGUGUAGCGUUCCCUCUGGAUGGAGAGGCUGUGACUGCACUGCAGCAGUUCAGGGAUAAAAAACUCAACUACGUUCAACUGAUCAUAAACUUUGAGAAGGAAUUGAUAAUGUUGUCAAACACGGAUGCCACAGAAGUGAAAGAUUUACCCAAGAGAAUUCCCAAAGACGCGGCGCGAUAUCACUUCUUCCGCUUCAAGCACUCACAUGAGGGCGAUUUUCUGGACUCUAUAGUCUUUAUUUAUUCCAUGCCGGGAUACAGCUGUGGAAUCCGAGAGCGGAUGCUUUACUCCAGCUGUAAGAAUCCACUGCUGGAUAUGGUGGAGAAGAAACUCCAGAUGGAGGUGGAGAAGAAGCUUGAAAUCGACAACGGUGAUGAGCUGACUGCAGAUUUCCUAUACAGCGAAGUUCAUCCCAAACAACACGCACACAAGCAGGCGUUCGCCAAACCCCGCGGGCCGACCGGCAGGAGGGGAGAUCGCAGGAUCACACGACCGCCGGGCGAGGGAGACGACGCCGACGAUUAAACCGACAUCUGCAAACAAACAAUAGAUGAGAGAAGCCACGUCUGUGCCACACAAAGCUGUCAACCAUUUCGUUUUUUUAAAACAUCCUCCAGAAAACGACACGCAGCACGAACUAUGCACAAUAUUUUGACUGGCAUGCUAAAGUAUUACACAGGUGUCAAACACAGAGUUGUGUAUAUCUGUAAAAAAACAUCGUAACGGUAAAACAAUUGACGGCAAUUUGAUGAGUAGUAUUUGUACUGGUGUGCAAUGAUGAUAAACGAUGAUUCUAUCUUUCUAAAAAAAACUUUUGUGACUUUAAACUGUGCCAAAUUCACAAUCAGGUCAGCGAGUCUGUCGUAGUUACUGCUGAAACAAACAUGUGACCUUUACAAAUCCCUCCAUCUUUAUAUCUGCUUGUGUCUUUUGUUAUAUUGUUUUAUUUUUCUAUUUUAACAAGCGUUAAGUCUUAACCAUAGCUAACAUCUGAAAUCAGAAUUCAAAGAUUAUCUAGGUCACAAAUGUUGUUUUUCAUUUUAACACUGUACUUUUUAUAACAUAAAUAAAAUUGAAAUGUUUUGAUAUGAUCAUAUUUUGUUCUGUGAAUGUACCAAAAUGCUCAUUUUUCUAUGCAAUUGUAAACAUACGAUCUCUCGUCUUGAUUUGUCGUGUUUUCUUUCCCGUUGUUUGGCAAAAUCCUAUUAUGUUUAAGAAAGAGGGAAACUUUAGGAUGAAUUUGAAGUAUCUGAAAUAUAUAUAUAUAUGAGUAAAGAAAUAAAUCAUGAGCAUUGUUUUCUUGGUCAAUGGCACGUUAGGGUCUUAGGUCAUAACUAGCACAGGUCACGAUGAAUAUUCAUCAUCUACUGAAGGUUAUUUGGCAAUCCACUGUUCAAUAUAUGUACUGUGAGUUUAACGCGUAGCCUGUAUGUGAUCAAUCCUGUGUAAACAAUUUUAAAUUUUUUAAAUAAAAAAUAUUUAAAA